UCGGAAAAGAUGGCGGCGUCCAGAGGCGGAGAGGCGGUAUGGAAUCGGCUGGAAGUGGCGUGGCCCGCGUGUAGCGGUACGGUAGCCGUGUCAGCCCAACAUUCUUCAGUGAAAUGCCUUUCAGCUGUUAUGAAGAGGUGUCAUGUUGUCAACAGCAUUCUAAAAAGUAAAGCUGUGGUUGCAGAAGGAAGAACCUUGCAUGCCAUCUUGUAUAAUUUCCACUACCAAAUGAGUCGCCAUAGGCCGUAUCGGUCCCUCAAACAGGUAGAACAAUGUUUGAAGCGUUUACAUCUUAUGAAUCUGGAGAAGUCAAUUGAAAAACUUGUUCACUUUGGCUCCAUGAAACAGAAAUCUAAACAUCUCAACGAGAGCUUGGUUCCCAGCCAACCUGUUAUUGAAGUGGUGCUGGUGAAGAUUUUGGGGGUCUGCAAGCUCUUACUACGUUUACUGGAAUGUUGUUACACAGCAUUCCUUUUGUCUCUUAAGCAUCUGCAUUUAGAAGAAUACAUACUAUUCAACACUGUGGUUUUGGGAUUGCUGAGCAGAUUAUGGAUUCUUUAUAGAGGUGUACUAAAAAGCCUCAGUUCUUUAUAUGAGAGCCUGUUUGAAUUGCUUCAGGAAGUUUCAAAGAGUCAGCCAAGGCCUUAUAUUAAAGAAUUUGCCUUUCCUUCUGAAAUAAAUGAAUUUCUUGGAACUGCCUACUUGGAGAUUAAGAAGAAAAUGCCCAAGGCUUUUCAAAAAAAGGCUAAAACAGCAUGGAUGACUAGACUGUUUUCAGUAAGCAAUACGCAGGCAUCGGUACAUGCAAGAGUUCCUUCAGCAGUCAAAAACAAAGCGACAAAUGCACAGAACCCCCUUGACAUUGGACAGCCAGUUCUGAUAAACAGAACCAACCAAGAUUUUGGAAAUGACUUAGUAUUUGAUGUCAGGACCUUAUGUAAAUAUCCUAAUCCUGCACUACUGAAGACGAACAGAUUCCAAAUAAAGCAUCCUGAAUUAAAAAGGAGAUCUACGUUCCUUAUAUCUCAGCAACUUAAGCCUUUUGUGACUAGGUUGCAAAAAGUACAUUCCUUUGGAGAACUGUCUGAUGCCCUCAGUACAACCAUCUUGUGGUGCAGAAGCAAGAAACUUAGAGCACAAGCUAUUUUCUUGAGAAUGAAGCUUUUGAAAAGCAGGCAUCUGCAGCAUGUGGAAGCUCAGGGUUGCAGAUUACAGAGGAAACUGGGCUGUGUGAAAGCUACUAUAUGUAGAUACCUGACAGUCUCAAACUCUAGGCAGAGACAAAAUCAAAGACUUGGACCAAAGAGGAAGAUCAAAUUUUCAGGGACUUUAAGACAUAUUUCAAAGAAGAAACGAUCUUGCUUUAUAACUGAUUGGAGAGAGACUGGCAAUGAUACUACCAUAAGUGGUUGCAUUCCCUUUUCUCUUGCUCAACAGGUUGGACAUUCAUCUAACAUGAGAGAUGCUGAUGAAGACAGUAGUAAAGAGACAGCUGAAAAACAAGCUCAGGAGGAUGCUUCUGAGUUUGUGGCAUUAGAAGGAAAGCCUGCCCAUUUACAAAAGGGAGCUAGUGAAAGUAAAGAUGAUAUAGAUGACAUUUUUGAAGCAAUAGGCAUAUAGUUCAGUACUGCAAUAAAAUAAUUUGACCGUCUUCAGUGAGUGUUGCUAUCAAAGACAUGUUCUAUAACAAUAUAAGGCAGCUAUUUGGAUGCACGCAUUGCAGCAAAUUUAGGUAUUUACAAGAGAAGAACCCGUGAAAACUGCCAGGGGCAUCUCUGCCUCUUCCCAUCCACGAACUCUGGUGGCUUUCUCCAGGGUAUCUCUGCUUGUCUUUCCUCCCACAGAUACUCCACUUCGGAGUGAAAAACAAUGUUUUUACCUGUUGCUUCAGCAUUGCUCUUACCAUCCGCCAGGGAGCCAAGUCAAGUAUUUCUCCACUUUACUCCCUACCGUUGCUUUGAGAAACUUAG